GUACUACUUUGACGCCAAGCAGCGGCUGUACGUCAGUACAUGACAAUUGAGGCCGGAUGCGGGCCAAGUUAUGAUACCUCGAGUCGAUUCGGUUCGUAUGCACGCAUAUGCAGUAGGAGAGGGCUAGUAUGCACUCUCGAACCCCGCGUUACCCCGCUUCACAAGAAACACGCGUAUACCCCGCAGCCGCACUUUCCGUGGUGUCGUCCUUAGCCGUUAAGCACUCGGGAUUCAAUCUUCACCACGCAAACUCGAUGUCUCGAAGAAAAGAGAUCUACUAUGAGCCGCUUCGCAAGCUUUCGAACAGUACGGUGGACAUCACCCACUGCGCGACUCCUCGCCGGUUCCGGUGGAUCGAAGUCGCCGCAUUGAUCGAUUUCCACCUUCGAAUCGUCGAGUCCGACAAGCCCAGCAUCGGCGACAUUGCCUACGCCACGAUAUCAUAUGUGUGGAAGGGGAAAGCGCAUGCGUGCGCUCCGGACUGUCUCGAGACGUUCCACGUAGUCGGCGCGAUGGAAGGCGCCGACAUCGAUCCGAUCAGCAUCGACCUGCUGCGCACGGCGGCGUUUGCCGCGCGUGACCUCGGCGCCGAGUACCUAUGGCUCGACCGGCUGUGCAUCAUGCAGGCCGUCCGCGACGACAAGGACUGGCAGAUCAUGAACAUGGGCGACAUCUACCGGGCCUGCCGGACGUGUCUGAUCUUCCCCGGGGGUCUCCAGCGGCUGGUGGUGCUCGAGGAGGAAACCAACUGGAUCCUCAGAGCGUGGACGCUGCAGGAGGCGGUGGCCCCCCCGUCGGCGAACUGCGUGUUCCGCUUUGACCGGGAACAGUUGGAAUACACAAUGUCCAGCGGUAAUUCCCAAGUCUUCACGAUUGAAAAAGGAAGAAGCGCUAGAAUGCCUAUAUUCUACAUGUUGAUCGCAUCGGUAAUGGGGAAGAUCGAUCAGCGGUGCGAAGGGGAUCCGAAGGUUCGCAGUUACCCUGUCAGCAUCUUUCGCGGCAACGCCACCGCAGACCUGUUGGUAAACGCGCUCAUGGGUAUCUUUCACUGUGAUGACGAUGUGGACGCGAGGGAAGAUUUCAUAUGGCGCAGUGCGCUGUUGCGGACAUCGAAGCGCCCCAUCGACAUGGUCUUCAGCACCAUGGCACUCUUCGGUGUGAAGCUGGACCCGGCCAGAUAUCGAACGCGGGAAGCUGCCACGAUCGGGCUGGCGCAGGCCAUUCUGGCCAAGGGCGGCCGCGCGAACUGGAUCCUCGCAUCCGCUACGAAUACGCUGCCAACGCCGCAAUUUCCGAAUGCGUGUACGGUCGACAGCGCCGGCCAUCGAACUGCGGAUGGAAAGUUUGUGGAGCUCGACAGUGCUUUUGGGGUUCAGAUCAACGUGGUCAUGUCGGAUGCACCCGGCGGCGUUCUUGACGAUAGCGGGACGCUAACGGUAGUACUACCGAUGGCAAGGGUUCGAGCCGCGAUGACUGCGGAAGGCGUGGGAUCGGUGGAGUUCCUCGACAGUGAAGGACGUGCGGCUGGUGCGGAUUCGGAGAUACUCUUCACAGGGACGACGCCGGGAACACAUGCGGUCAUCGUUGGGACGCAGAGAGUGAUAAAUAUCAUGUCCUGUAUGAGCAUUCCCACGGAUACGGUUGUCAUACUCGUCGAAAAAUGUAGCCACGACUCCGGGCUAUGGCAUAUGACCGGGAGGGCUGAAAUAAUAAGGUCGACGUUGGAACAUUGCUUCAAGGAGGCUGAAGUUAGGCUCGCACACGUGUGUGGUUCCGGGCAAUCUCAGUGACCCGACGGGAUGAGUUAGGGGCAUCGGGUUGGUCGGACGGGUCGCGGUAGUCGGGUGCGCCGGGGGGAUCCUGGGCAGCUGGGGGUGACAAGAGAAGCAUCUGCAGGGCUUGGAGGGGUUAGAGAGGUUGGGAUGGCUAAAUCAGUUGGAGGAGAAGGGAGUGAGUGGAUGAUGUGGGAUAACGGACGGAGGAGUCGCAGGACGCACAGAAGACGGAGGGAUCGGAAGAUGGGAGCGGUCGGAGCAGCCGGGGUUGAGAACUGCAAUCGAUUGAAUAUCCUUUCAAGAAAUUCAUAUGUGCCCAUGUACUUCUAUGUGUGGCCCCAGGUACACUUCAUGUUUCCAGGGCAGUGGCGACGUGAACGUCCGCCGUCACCGUCACUGACGUAGCCUCUCGUAAAUCAAAGCAUACAAAGAGGAACGGGCCCUACCAAGCACG